UUUUUUAUUUCAUAAAAUUGAUCUUAGUGAGAUCUCUGGAGAGACUUGGAUAUAUUGUUUACAUUUUGGUAUACUGAAUCAACAACAGUUCGUUCUCAUGCAAAUUCAAGAUGGUACAGAGAGGUAUUGCAAAAAUUCCUAAACGCGACGAUCGGCUGGAGACAGUGAAGCAAAAAAUUCUUACGUCUCGCUUUGGACGGCGGCCAAGGACGGGUUGCUCAACUUCGAUAUUCGCAUCUACAUUCCCGAUGGUGCCCUGCGUUGUCUCCCUCUGUUGUCUACAAUGUCACGAGGACAAUAAUUGCUAUGCGCGAUUACGCCACUCGAAAAAACGUUAAUCGCCGAGUCGAUGCACGUACGCUCGAGCGCGUAUAAAAGUGCGCCACCCCGAGAGCACGAGCAUCAAUCGAUCUUCGAUCUUCGAGCUCUUCAAAGCUUCCCCGAUCCUCUCUCAACAACCACAGCAGACAUGAAGUGCUUCACCGCUGUCGCUCUGUUCGCCCUGAUAGCCGUCGUCGCUCUCACGGAGGCGAAACCCACUGGGGUGGAGUCCAUCGAGCCGGUGCGGGCUGAGUCCACCUUGCCGGAAGCAGGCAGAAACAAGCGAGGGUUGCUGCUGAGCGCGGCUUACACUGCGCCGAUCGCUUACAGUGCAUACACCGCUCCUGUGGCAUACUCCGCAUAUAGCUACCCUUACGCGUACACGGCCUAUUCCAGCUACCCCUAUUACGCCGCCGCCUAUAGCGCGCCCUACUACUUGGCCUAAAUACGUGCGCGGCCCGCACGAGCCCGAGGGAACACACGCCAAAUUAUCGGACCAGCUUCUCUGAUUUCACGAUGACGAUGACCAUCGACUCGACCGGACAUAUGAGAAAGGACAUUCAAGAUUGUUCGUCAACGUAACGUAAGAUAAUUCCACGAAAGAACGAAUAUCGCCAAGCAAAAUAUCCAUAACCAUCGUUCACCAUUACCGGAUUCUGGAUUUUGCUCCCGAAGCGUCAAAAACAGUAUUUCGUUUUGUUCAAGUGAAAUGAAUUAUCUACUAUUUGCUUGGACUUCGAUUCUCUUUCGAAAGGGAUUCCGUUUUACCAGGUACUUUACUCGAAUUAUACCGCGGCUCCCCGCGAAAUUAUUCAAGAGUCAUACAGGCACGCGAAAAGAUAGAUGGCCCCGAUCUGAAUAGUUCAUUCGUAUGCACAGUGUGGAUUCUAAGAGGAUCGCAAAUAAACAGGAAGCGAGCCAUACUAAGAACCAGGCCUUAUUCGAAUAAAGUACCUUCACUUUCGUUCGCCGAUAAUACCUCUUGCAGUUCUGUCUAUGGACUACGUUAUUCAUUCUCUAAGGAAAAUAAAUACUCGUACGUUUAUACGGGCUA